CAGCAGUUGAACCAUGUCCUGCCGGGCUUGCGGGGCAGCAGAGGCGAAGAAGCGAUGCGGACGAUGCCGAGCAGUUGCAUAUUGCUCGAAGGAAUGCCAGAGGCUGCACUGGAAAUCUCACAGAGCUGUUUGCGACUUUCUCGCUGCUCCUGUUCCUGACGACCUUGAGCGCGAGAAUGAGCACUCCAACGUUGUCGAGCAUGAAGAAGAAUCGAACAUGGCGUUGACGAGCUCAUUGCCAAGCACGAGUGCGGCGAGAACAAAGAAGUCGGUAGCUUGCAGGACUUGCAAGGGAGAGGGCAAAGUUUCCCGAGAGAAACCAAACUUGCUGCCAUUCCCGAGGCUCGAGAGCCGCACAGCUUCUUUCGUACUACGUGAACUGACCUGCCCUGACUGCGGUGACGUUGCUUGUCGACCAUGUCUUGCAAGCGUGACACACAGUAGAUGGUUUUGGUACUACUGUGGCCAAUGCAAACUUGUAUGAAUCGCACUCGCAAAUGCCAAGUGAAAGUAAUUCUCAACUGCCUUGCUAUCGGUAAGCUUGUUGGCGCACUAUCGGCCAUGAUUUAUGUUUCUCGUUUUUAAUGUCUUGUGCAGUUGUCAGGCACCCGAUAGAGAAUGUUGUACAUGUAGCUUGCCGUCAUCGUAACGUGAAUGUUCUAACGUAAUUCUUCAUUCUGAUUCUGUAAAUAAACGAUAGAUUUUGCGCCA